CUUUUGAAAUAUGGACAGGAAUAGAUGCAACGAGGAUGCAACAGAUGUGAGGCAGGCAGCAACAAUAAAUUGAUCAAUUAAGUGGCGGAUUUUGGCGUCUGAAUUUUAUUAGCUUUGUUGCUGUUGGCGGAGAAGGAGACGGAGGAAGAAGUGAAAUGGAGGAUCCGUCAGGCGGCAGUUCAACAACGCUAUUCGUAAUGCCAAAGGAGGAGAAAUGUCUCAACUGGGACAGUGAUGAUGAUGAUGAUAAUAAUGCCCAGGCCAGCAGCUAUAAUCUGGAAACGUAUUGGGACGAACGACGCCUCAUACAUUUGGUGAGAAGACAGCCAGCUUUAUACAAUAGCCGGCAUGCGAAAUUCCAUGAUGCUGCUCACAAGGCGGAGUUGUGGCAAAGGAUUGCACAACAAAUGUGUUGGAAGUUGAACAAAUGCCUGAGCACUUGGGCACAAUUGCGUUACACUUAUCAGCGACAUGUGCGGCACUUGAGGAAGUAUCGUCGCCUGUCCCAAGAUGCCCGUAAACCUGCCCGUUUGCGUCCUACAAUGUUGCAUGAGGAGGAUCUAUUGUUUCUCUAUACGCACGUGGCGCGUCAGCCGCUGCAGCGCGGGAAACCCGCGAAUGUGCCAAUACCUGUGGAUGAUGAUGAUGUGACAAUUGUGCCAACACCACCCGCUGAUAUUAUCGAUCUUGAUGUGGAAAAUUAUGAUCAAUUUAAGAUAACAGCGGAAAUGCAGCGUCUCAUCGAUGCUGUCGAACCGUAUCCACAGCUGUACGAUACACGGCAUCCGGAAUACAUGAACUAUCGACAUCGUGGUCUCAUUUGGGGCGCCAUCUCCAACGAGUUGUGUGAGAAGGCAACGAAACUAAUGAAGCUCUGGUUGCAACUCCAAACCCGCUACGAGUGGGAGCUCACACAUGAGAGGAAUGAAACCUCACAGUUGAAGGAACAACUCAAAUUUCUAAUACCGCACAUAGGCAGAACAUCGAAGAGUGUGUGCAAGAUGUCGUUGUAUUUGCGGGAUGCCUGGUUCGAUCCCAUCGAGCAUUUUCGCAGUGUUAUGAAUCUAAUCAAUGUGCUCAAAUCGUUACCCGAGUGGAUGUCCAUGGUGGAGUCGAUGAGUAAUACGAAAUCGAUUCGCUAUCAUGAGUUUUGGCUACGCGUCUCGUCUCAGGUAAAUGCGAGUCAUCAACGUUGCGAGGUCACGUGGCUGGUGUUGCGCAAUUUUUAUAUGGAACUGGCCGAGAUGCGUAAAGUUGGCUAUCAGCUGCAGGACAAAUGGUUCUUUGAGAAUACUAUUGGAUCGCUAUACAAGCUGCUCGAGGCUCGCGCCACACGACGUGCUCGAAAGCGUGCAAAAAGCAAUAGUCCUGAGUCCAGCUCAAAGUCAGCGAAAUUAAUGUCACCCAAUAUUGAGAUUCGACCCAUAAGCCAUCCACGUACAUCACCGCCUCAACCAGUGCCAAAUUUGCCACUGGCCAUUGUCUAUCCGCCGGCAACAAAGUCAAUCUCCACAACGCCGACAAGCAUACAAGCAGCAAGUGCCAGCAACAGCAACAGUUCCAACAACAGCAACAGCUCAAACUAUACGUUGCCCCGCAUUACGGCGGCCAUAAGCGUUGUGCCCAAUCCCGUUGCACCAACUGUUUCAACUGCUACUUCAACUGCCACAAAUUCAACAGCCAACAUAUUGUCGAGUCCAAUGCGUUUGUCCAUUCCCGCCACUGUGCAGCUGGCAAAAGUUGCCACGUCACCACACAUGCCAUCCAAGACAGGUGGUGCCAUCAUACGUGUCGUAUCGCCUAGUAAGCUUACAAAGGAGCCACUAAGCUUAAAUGCGCCAAAAGAGUGCAAUCUAAGCAUUCCUAUGAUGGAAUUGCUAUCUACUAGCUCACCGCCAAUAAUAGCGCCAGCAACAACAACACCAACAACAACCCCAUUAACAACAGCAACAGCAACACUAACACAAAAAUCAACAACACCAAGACCAACAGCAACACCAACAAUAACACCAAGAGCAACACCAACACCAAGAUCAACAGCAAGACCAUUAUUAACACCAAUAAUAACACCACGAGCAACACCAUUCACAACACCAACAGCAACACCAUUAACAACACCAACAGCAACACCAACAACACCAGUGUUACCAACAACAAUACCAAUGCCAAAACUGGUACCGCUGACCCUACGCAAUGAUACGUUGCCCAUUCACCCGAUGUCAACCACAAAAGUGAUUCGCAAGAUUUGCAACUCGGCAUUCAGGGAUUUCCAAUCCUACGCAUCCAACAGCAGCGGUAGCAGCAACAGUGUCAGCAGUAACAGCUUCACCACCAGCACCAGCACUAGCAACAUCAGCUCCAGCAAUUUAACAAUUGUUAAACCUAAGGAUCCGGCACCGAAUAUUAAAAUUGAGUUUUGUGAUUGUCCCAUAAAUGGACGCAUGUUGUAUGCAGUUGGCAGUGGGCCAUCGGCAAAUUUAAAUAUGUCCAAGUUGGCGGUGUUUAUACGCGAGGUAAUGGCCAUACCGCAGCUGCACAGCAAGGAGUCACAUUUGGCCAACAAAAUCGAUGAUCUUUGGCAGCAAUUAUCCAAAAAAAUGCACUUGCGAGAUUUUGUCUGUCGCGCUAUUUGGACAUAUCUGGCGAAUAACAUGAAUCUGUUUCCACACAUUGCGCCAAUGGUGGAUUUAAUGCGUCCUUUUAAGACUACGCUUAAGGUCUGGGAGAAGUCGCAUCGUCUGUUUAGCAAAUUUGAUGAGAUUGCGCGAAAAUAUCUUUGGAUGGCUCAUAAGGAGAAGCUGCCAGCAUUGAUGCAACUCUUUGAGAAUUAUGAACAUUUGUAUAUCGAUUUACGUAGACCAAGACCAGGAGAAUCAAAGAUACAAUUACCGCGUCCCUAUACGGAUAAAGAGGCACAGGAAGUGUGGCGUGUGGCACGAGAACGAUUUCCACACAUGAAUCAUCGUGACGUUUGGUCCAUGUUUAAAUUUGCAUUUAAGACUUACAUGGAGGACUUGGAGCGUGGCAUUGAGAAUCCCUGGCCCCAAAAUUGGUGGCAUGCAUUGGAGAAAUUGAGUUUUCUGAUUAAAGUCCGUUAUCAUCCAUUGGAGCCGUAUUAUUAUAUUGUGCACAACAAGUUCAUGGAGGAGGUGAAACGUUGCAGCAUGUACGAGGCAUUAAUGGAUCCGACAGGCGAGAUCGAUCCCAAGAAGGCAUCAAGGCUGUCCAGUCCCCGUUCGCCAAUGCCCUGGGAAACGGAGGAGGCGAAACGUUUGCUUGUCGGCGAGCUGAGUCAGACGGUUGUGUUAACCGCAGCGGGUGAAAACCAGAAAGCGGAAAUAGAUCAAAUGCGGCAACGAAUAAAACAACGAUUAAAACAACGAAUAAAACCUAAUGAAACUGUAUUGAUGCCGAGCGAUGAACAAGCGGUUACCAAAUCAGCCCACAUUUUUAACUACGAUCCCCCUAUACCGUUGCCCAUUGUGGAUGCCUAUGAGUUAACACGACUCCUACGCAACGAACCCAAAAUCUAUGGCAAGGCAAGCGUUGAAGAGAAGCAUGCAGCUUGGAUACGCAUUUCCAACGAACUAAAGACGACAGUACCGGACUGCCGUUUAAGUCUUCAAUAUGCUGUGAAGGAGCAACGUUUGUGGAAGAUCAGAGAUCCGACUAGUCGUUGUCCACUUUCGACGAAAUAUUUUCGCCACAUAACCGAGGUAUACAAAAAGGUGAUGACGGCAAAUUUCGUCCCAACACAGCCAGACGUUAACGAAACAGUCUAUCCGGAACGUUAUAUACCGGACAUUAAUUUGGUAAAGUGUAAGCCCAGUUUGGUAGUCAAGAAUUGGUCCUAUGCUGUCGGAACCUUUUCAUCAGAUAGCCAAGAGCUAUUAUGCAAUCGGCUGAAAAUGAUAUUUGCCAAGUAUGAAAAAUUGACGAUCGUCGAGGAAUCUCCAACGCAAGUUGAAAGGAGUUGCUUCGUUGAUGAUAUCCUGUCAGUUAGCGAUGGGACAAGCAGCGACAACAUUGAGGAGGCAGGUUCAUAGUUUUAAUAAUCUUAAGCGAAUUGUAAUUUAUUAGUUAGCAUUAACACAUGGCCGAAACACAUAUCGGCUUUUAAUGGAACCCAAUUCCUCGCCCAAAUUAACAUUAAGUAUUUAACAUUUUUGCCCGUAACCCGCAUGAUUAUUUCCCACUCAAAAAAAAAGUUUAUAAAUUUGUGGGAAUUAUCUAUUGUGAAAACGGGGCUCAAUUUAUAUAUAUUACAACAAUAUUCUCCACACAUUAUUGCAACUAUAUGACACUCAACUGAAAUGUGAUAUUGUUAGUUCUAUUUUUAAAUUUUUUUUCUCUCCAAAUAACCGUUAACAAUUUUUUUCGCUGAUUUUUUUAUAUGGAGCUUUUCAUUCCGCGCUCGUUUUGCUUCCAUGCAGUACCAGUCUUAUAAAAAUUGAAUUUUUUUAUACGAAUUAAUAUGAAUAGAUUAUGUUUUGAGUUAUGUAUGUUGUUAAAUGUUUAUUAAAAUGGGUUUUACUUUUAGUGAAAUGAAUGAGAAACUGUAACUCGGAACAAUGUCAACUAAAAGAAUUUAACAAUCGCUUGCAGAUCAUAUAAAGAAAUCGAAAUACAGAACAAACAUGAUUAUGGCGUAGUUAUAAAUAGUUUUAGAUUUAUGCAAGCCAAGACGUUUUUUUAAGCAAUGUAACUGUAAAAUAGUACUUUAAAACUACUAUACAUUAAGAAAUUAAUUUUAAUACAGUGUGUUGUGUUGUAAUUUCUAUAGCUCAAAAUUGAAAACUGCUUUCGAAAUAAGCUCGAAUUAAAAAAAAAAAAAAAAGAAGAAAACAAAACAAAGACAAUACGUAAAUUGAGAUGAAAUGUUGUUGGGCAUGACUUAAACUAUAUUUUAAUUGGUAUCAUAUGGUAUGGUAAUAUAUAUUUCUUAAGACAGUGAGAGAGAGCAAAAUGCGGAACAACCAAUAUUAAUAUUAUAGUAUAGCACGUAGAUAUUAAAUGAUAAUUAACAUAUUUGUAUACAACUGACUAUACUAAGUAAAUCUAAGUAAAAUACAUUGUUAAAUAUGUACAUACAA